GCCUACGCAAAUCACCAUGACCUCAUUCUCAUUAGUACUUGCAGUCGCACUACACUGUCUCGCAACAUCAUCCCUCGCGCAAUGUAAGCCCACGCCCGCUCGUCCCACCGUCGCCGUCGACGCAGGCGCCAUCGCGGGCACAACCACCGCCGUCCACGUUCCCACAUCACCAUCAGCGUCGGCCGUCACCGUCAACAAGUUCCUCGGCAUCCCGUACGGCGCGCCGCCCGUGCGCUUCGCCCCGCCGCAGCCCGCGCCGGCCUGGCACGGCACGUACGACGCCUCGCGCUUCAAGCCCUCGUGCAUACAGAAAUUCAACGACCCGCCCGCGGCGCGCAACCUCAGCACCGCCCUCUUCAACACCCCGCCGCCGCCCGGGCACGAGGCCGAGGACUGCCUCUCGCUCAAUGUCUGGGUGCCGCGCGACGACGCCCCCGCGGGGAGCAAGGCCGUGCUGCUGUGGUUCUUCGGCGGCGGGUUCAGCUUCGGGUCGGGGUCGCUGCCGCUCCACGACGGCGCCCUGCUCGCCGCCGAGCAGGACGUCGUCGUCGUCACCUUCAACUACCGCACAAACGUCUUUGGCUUUCCCGGCGACCCAAGCCUGCCGCCCGGCGAGCGCAAUCUCGGGUUCCUGGACCAGCGGCUCGCGCUUGAGUGGGUGCGGCGCAACAUACUCGCGUUUGGCGGCGACCCGCGUCGGGUGACCAUCUUUGGCGAGAGCGCGGGCGCGGGCAGCGUCGACGCGCUGCUCGGCGCGCCGCCACCCAAGGAGGGGUUGCCGUUUGCCGGCGCCAUCAUGCAGUCGGGCCAGGCGAGCAUCCUGGUGCCCAAUAAUGACACGGCCGUGUCGUGGGCCAAGCUCGCGGCAAAGGCGGGAUGUCCGCCCCGCGACGCCCUCGCGUGCCUGCGCAAGGUGCCGGCGCAGAAGCUCAAGGAUAUCUCUGAGAAGGAGAUGCUGACGUUCUCGCCGCAGCCCGACGGCGUGACGUGGGCGUUCAAGGAGCGUCUGGACAGGAUCGACUCGGCAAAGGGCAACAACUCCUCCUCGUUCGCUCGCGUGCCCAUCCUCAUUGGGAGCAACGCCGACGAGGGUAGGCACUUCAUGAUCGGCCAAAACGACACGUCCAAGGUGCUCGGCGCCGUGCCCAAGGGCAUCGCCGACAAGAUCGUCUCCGCCUACCCGCUGGGUUCGCCGGGGAUCCGGACGCCCAACGACCAGGUGACGGCCAUCUACGGCGACCUGUCGUUCCACUGCCCGGCCAAGGUCGUGGCCGAGGACAGCACCGCGGCGGACAUCCCGACGUGGCGGUACCUGUUCAACGCCAGCUUCCCCAACGCGCGCUUCUUCCCCGGCAGCGCGUACCACGCCUCCGAGAUACAGCUCGUCUUCGGCACGUACCCGCGCGAGGGGGCGACGCCGGCGCAGGAGGAGCUCAGCAGGGCGAUGCGCACGGCGUGGGCCACCUUUGCCAAGGACCCGAGCAAGGGGCCCGGCGGCGGCGGCGACAACGGCGCGCCGGACGUGCUCGUCUUUGGGAGUGGAGACAAGGCGGAGGUGAGGACGGUGAAGCCUGAUGUGCUGGACAAGAGGUGCGCGCUGUAUAAGCCACUUAUAGACCAGUUGACGGGCGUCGCGCCGGGGGUUCGAGUUGGUUGGUGGUAUAACUAUAGACCCGGCGAGACGAGACGGACAGCAUAGAUUCUUGAUAGACUCAAC